AUGGCUUGGUUUCUCUUUUGCCUACUACUUUGUUUUGUUUCUAGAGUUGAUCCCCAAGACGCACCUCAAGGAGAAUGUUGCGGAGAUUCUCAGAAUGAAGUGUCAGAAAAUGAGCUCCAAGAAGUGGAGCUCGAAGCUGCUUGCCCUGAACUUAGUGGUCAGAUAAUCGGAGGAAGACCAAGUUCUGUGACACGGCACCCUUAUCAAGUGUCUAUGGUGUUAAAUGGGAACUCGUUUUGUGGUGGUUUCAUUAUCAGUAGAGAUUAUGUGUUGACAGCUGCACAUUGCGUCCAGAACGUAGCUCCAGAAGCCAUUCGCUUACGAGUUGGCAGCACUCGACGUGACUCUGGCGGUAGUAUAGUCAGGGUGUCGGCUGUUACAGUUCAUCCCCAAUAUGGCCAGCCGCAGUUUGACCAUGAUAUUGCUGCGUUGCGUCUCGCACAACCCCUGGUCUUCGGACCAGCGAUUCAGCCUAUACGACUUCCCAAUCCAAGGCAAGCCGUCCCUCUAGUUCGAUUGACUGUCACUGGAUGGGGACUGACAGCUCCUGGAGGCCGAAGGAUUCCUAGGAUGAUGAUGGAGGCGAAUGUGCCGGUGGUACCGCACUGGUUGUGUAGACUUUCAUACGGAGAUUCACUGACAUCAAAUAUGUUUUGUGGGGGACAUUUCCUUAUCGGUGGAGUGUCCUCAUGUCAGGUAUACGAGAUGUUUCUCAUCGGCUACCAAUUCAAAGUACUCUCCCCUAUAUUCACAAUCCACUGGGGUCUACAAGCGCGGCGCACGAGACCCUUAUGGCGAGAGAAGCAAAAUGAGAAAAACCGGAAACACUUUGAAACAUUCAAACGAGAACUCUACGCUAGGUACAGGCGAGACCCUCUGCACCUACUAAGGAGACCUCAGCAAGCGAAGAAAACA